AUGCGUUGGGCUCGUCCAAGCACCUGGGUCUUACCCAAGACGCUUAGCAGUAUUGCCCCGAGCCAUGUGUGGAGUAAUGCAGAUCAGGACCCUGUUCCGCCUGACAAAUGGACCUGGACUGGCUGGACCUUCACCCAGUACUGGCUUUCAGAUUUAGUUACCGUAUCAACCUGGUCCGCAGCAAGUGCUGCGUUUGCUUCGGGCUUGUCGGCGACUGAUACCGUAUUAUUAACUCUUGUCGCAGCUCUGUGUAAUGCUAUUCCGACAGUACUCAACGGUGCGGUGGGCGCAGAUCUACACGUUCCUUUUCCCGUCGCCAUUCGUGCCAGUUAUGGAACAUAUUUUGGGUAUUUUUGUGUUGCUUCGAGAGCUAUCCUUGCGUUAUUCUGGUUUGGCGUCCAGAGUUCCUAUGGAGGGCAAUGUGUGACUCCAAUUAUUACCGCCAUUUGGCCCAGUUAUGCAAGGCUUCCGAAUCACCUACCCAAAUCGGCAGCCAUUACUACUCAAGGAAUGGUGUCUUAUGUGAUAUACCACGUGGUCCAGACACCUUUUUUGUUCAUCCCGACCCAUAAACUACAGUACAUGUUCAUCUUCAAAUCAGCCCUCGUUCCGCCCAUGGCGUUAGCUAUGGUAAUUUGGAUCAGUGUGAAAGCUGGAGGCGGAAGUGACUUAUUUCAUGCGGCUCCCACUGUGCAUGGUUCCCAGCGGGCCUGGUUGUGGUUGAUGAACAUGACUUCAAUUACUGGUGGUUUCUCAACCCUGGCAGUCAACAUAUCCGACUUUUCUCGCUUUAGCAAGAAACCGGGCAGCCCCCUUUGGCAACUGCCUAUGAUUCCUUUAUUCAAGGUUAUUACUGGACUUUUCGGCAUUAUCGCUGCCAGUGCUUCACAACGAGUCUACGGAACCGUGCUCUGGAGUCCCCUGGAGAUCAUUAAUCGGUGGCAGGGGUCGCCUGGGGGAAGAGCUGCAGCGUUCUUCUGCUCGUCACUGUGGCUACUAGCCCAAAUUUGCAACAAUAUAUCUGCAAAUUCAGUCUCGUUUGCUAAUGAUUUGACAACAAUGUGUCCCAAAUGGAUCAAUAUCAGACGUGGAAUGGUUGUAUGCAUGCUGAUUGGAGGGUGGGCACUAUGCCCCUGGAUUAUUAUCAAGAACGGCAAAACGUUCCUCAGUUUCAUGGGAGCAUAUGCUAUCUUCAUGGCCCCGAUUGCAGGCAUUUUGUUCUGCGACUACUGGAUUAUCAAACGCCGCAAAUACGACGUUCCAGCCUUGUAUGAUCCUCGCGGAAUCUAUUACUAUCAAUUUGGAACAAAUUGGCGCGCUCUUGCGUGCAAUCUGGUGGUCAUAGUCCCACUAUUACCAGGGCUAGCCAACGCCGUUACGCCUAAUAGUGUUCACAUCGAUACCGGCCUGAAGCAUUUAUAUUCAAUCAACUAUCUAUACGGCUUCUGUCUAUCAACGGCACUGUACUUUGCAUUGAACUAUUUCUGGCCAGAUCGCCGCACUCUUAUUCCUGCUGUGGUGCCUGGAGUGGUUGUUGCUCAUCUGGCAGCGGUGGACUCGGAUGUUGAAAAGAUAUCUCCGGUGUUGGACAGUAAGAUGGCUCGGCAUUCGGAGAAAGCUGGCUGA